AGACGGCGCUGGCGAGGCGCCUUUCGGGCCCCGGCUCCGCCCCGCUCGUCCUGCGCUAGGUCCGCGGAGCUCUCCAGGCGCGUUCGGAAAUGAUCUAACCGGAGAGGCUGGGUCAAGCUGGAUGCUGGCAGCAGCCUCGGGUCGCCGAGGGAGCGCACCAUGUCCUUGCUGAUCCGGCGUCCGAGGGCGGCGGGAAGAUAGGGACGGCCUCGCCCCGGCAGGUAUUGCCAACCAACCCUGCCUCCCAGCAAGAGUUUGGGGUGGGCUGGGCAGUCAUGGGGGAGCCAGGUCGUGAAGAGUAUGAAAUCCAGUCCUUUGAUGCUGAGACCCAAAGGUUACUGAAGACUGCCCUUAAAGAACCUGGUGCUGUGGAUUUGGAGAAAGUGGCCAAUGUGAUUGUGGACCAAUCCCUGAAAGACUGUAUGUUCAGCAAGGAAGCCGGACGCAUUUGCUACACCAUCAUUCAGGCAGAGAGCAAGCAAGCCAGCCAGAGCGUCUUCCGUCGGGGUCUCCUCAAUCGGCUGCAGCAGGAGUACCAGGCCCGGGAACAGCUCCGAGCCCGAUCCCUGCAGGGCUGGGUCUGCUAUGUCACCUUCAUCUGCAACAUCUUUGACUACCUGAGGGUGAACAACAUGCCUAUGAUGGCAUUGGUCAACCCUGUCUACGACUGCCUUUUUCGACUGGCACAGCCUGACAGCCUGCACAAGGAGGAGGAGGUGGACUGCCUGGUGUUACAACUGCAUAGAAUUGGAGAGCAGCUGGAGAAAAUGAAUGGGCAGAGGAUGGACGAGCUGUUUGGUCUGCUGCGUGAUGGCUUCCUGCUCCAAGAUGGGCUCAGCUCCCUGUCCCAGCUCCUGCUGUUGGAGCUUAUUGAGUUCCGGGCUGCUGGCUGGAGGACCACACCUGCUGCUCAGAAAUAUUAUUACAGUGAGGUUUCUGACUAGGCUGGCCCAGCCUCAGGGCCCACUCACCAGCACCUUCCAGAAGGCUUGUAUACACACACACACACACACACACACACACACACACACACACACACGCACACGCACACGCACACGCACACACGCGUCACUCUCACCAAGACAGCACCCCAGGCACAGGCUCACACAUCUGAACUCAAGUCCUCAGGGCUUUCUCUCUUCUGACUUGUUUACUACUGGGGGUCUCCCCACCUCCAAGCUCUGGGCUUACAGCAGUCCUGCCCUCAGCAACUUUCUGCCUGUCAAGCACUUCUAACUCAUGCAGAGGGGUAAGGGCAAGGCAGCACACCAGCCUACUGUACUUCAAAUGCAGAGAAACAUACACGGAAGAGUGAGAAGGAACCUCAGAACACAAUGAGCUCACCCCCCUCAUUUUACAGAUGAGGAAACUGAGGCCCAGAGAAG